ACUGCCUCUAAAAUGAGUCUCUCUGGGGAGAGAGAGGAGACCACCUCCUCUAAAAUGACUCAAGACACCAGUUCUAAGAGUGUCCAGAAGCCCAGAGCAGAGUCACCUACAACCAUCCUGCUAUCAAUGAAGAGUGAUCAGCCACCUGCUUUCAGCCAGGAACCAUUACCAGAUGACAAUAAGGAAGUGGAGACUUUGGACAGUGAGGAUGCAUUAAAGAUCACACACAACCUUCUGGACAGAAGAAGUCAAACUCUGCUGACAGUCCAACAAGACAUUAAGGCUAAACUGAAACACAAGUAUCAACACAUAUCUGAAGGAAUUGGACACCAUGGAAACCAAAGUCUGUUAAMGGAYAUYUACACAGAGCUCUACAUCACAGAGGGUGGAAGUGGAGGGCUCAAUAAUGAACAUGAGGUUAGACAGAUAGAGAUGGCAUCCAAGAAACAAACCACACAAGAGACAUCAAUCAAAUGCAACGACAUCUUCAAGCCUUUACCUGGACAAGACAAACCUAUCAGAACUGUGCUGACAAAAGGAAUCGCUGGCAUUGGAAAAACAGUCUCUGUGCAGAAGGUCAUCCUUGACURGGCAGAGGGAAAAGCAAAUCAGGACGUUCAUUUCAUGUUUCCUCUUCCUUUCCGUGAUCUGAACCUGAAAAAGGACCAAUACAGUCUGAUGCAACUUCUUUCCCACUUCUUCUCAGAGCUGAAAGAGAUUGACAGCAUUGAAGAUGGUGAAACCAGAUGUGAAGAUGGUGAUGGUGAUGGUGAAACCACCGUUUUCAUUUUUGAUGGUCUGGAUGAGUGUCGACUUCCUCUAGACUUCACAAACAAUAAGAAAUGCUGUGAUGUCACGAAGCCAACCUCAGUGGACAUGCUGCUGACAAACCUCAUCGAGGGGAAUCUGCUUCCCUCUGCUCUCCUCUGGAUAACCUCAAGGCCUGCAGCAGCCAAUCAGAUCCCUCCUGAGUGUGUUGACCAGGUGACAGAGGUACGAGGGUUCAAUGAUCCACAGAAGGAGGAGUAUUUCAGGAAGAAAAUCACAGAUCAAAAUAUGGCCAAUGAAAUCAUCAAAAACAUGAAGACAUCAAGGAGCCUCCACAUCAUGUGCCACAUGCCAGUCUUCUGUUGGAUAUCAGCCACUGUCCUUGAGAUGAUACUGAAAGAGGCAGAGAAUGAUGAAGUCCCCAAAACUAUGACCCAGAUGUACUCACACUUCAUGCUCAUCCAAAUCAUUGUGAAGAACAAGAAGUACAACAAAGCCACAGAGACAAACCCAAAGGAACUGUCUCAGUCAGACAAAGAGAUGAUCCUGAAACUGGCAAAGCUGGCUUUCCAACAGCUGCAGAAGGGCAACCUGAUCUUCUAUGAAGAGGACCUGAGAGAGUGUGGCCUUGAUGUCACAGAGGCAUCAGAGUACUCAGCAUUGUGUACAGAGAUCUUUAAAGAAGAAUCUGGACUGUACCAAGAGAAGGUCUACAGCUUUCUGCAUCUGAGUAUUCAGGAGUUUCUAGCAGCAGUGCAUGCUUUAGAAUCAUGUCUGGGCAAGAAGGAACAUGUUUUCCCCCCCAAAGCAGUCACUAGUGAUGAUGAGGAUGAAGAUAAGAAAAAUUAUGAUGAUGAGGAGGAGGAGUCAAUCCAGUUGUCUGACUUACACAAGAGAGCAGUGGAGCAGGCCUUGAAAAGUAAGAAUGGACACCUGGACCUGUUCCUCCGCUUCCUUCUGGGUCUCUCACUGGUGUCCAAUCAGAAUCUGUUACGAGGCCUUCUGACACAGACAAGAAGUACAAGCGAGACCAAUUGGGGAACAGUCGAGAGAACAAUCAGGUACCUUUCAGACAAGAUCAAAAGGGAAUCCUCACCAGAAAGGAUCAUCAACUUGUUCCACUGUCUGAAUGAACUUGGUGCCAACUCUCUAGUUGAAAACAUGCAGACUUCCCUGCGAUCAGGAACUCUUUCAGAAACAGAGCUAAAACCUGACCAAUGUUCAGCCCUGGCCUACCUGUUUCUGAUGUCAGAGGAGGUGCUGGAGGAGUUUGACCUGAAGACAUACAACACAUCAGAGGAAGGUUAUCAGAGGUUGCUGCCGGUAGUUAGAACCUGCAAGAGAGCACGACUGGAUCACUGUGAACUCACAUAUAAAUCCUGUGAGACUCUGGCCUCAGCUCUGCAGACACCAAACUCCCCCCUGAGAGAACUGGACCUCAGCUACAAUAACCUGGGAGACAGAGGAGUGGAGCUGCUCUGUGUUGGACUAACCAGUCCAUGCCGCAACAUACAGACACUAGUUCUAGGUCAGUGUGGUCUGACAGAGGGUUGCUGUUCACAUCUGGCCUCAGUCCUGAGUUCACCCAACUCACAACUGAAACAACUGGAGCUAAGAGACAAUGACCUGCAGGACUCAGGAGUUACACUGCUGUCUGCUGGACUGGAGGAUCCGGACUGUAAACUACACACACUGGGGCUGUCUGGCUGUCUGGUCACAGAGGAGGGCUGUGCUGCUCUGUCUUCAGCUCUGAGGUCAAACCCCUCCCACCUGAAAGAGCUGGACCUGAGCUACAAUCACCCAGGAGACUCUGCAGGGGGACUGCUUUCAGCUGCUCUGGUGGAUCCCACAUAUAAACYGAUGAAGCUGAAUGUGGAUCAUGGUGGAGAGUGCAGGCUGAAAUCAGGGCUGAGGAAAUAUGCCUAUCAUCUCACCCUGGACCCAAAUACAGCACACCCAAACCUGAUACUGUCUGAGGGGAACAGGAAGGUGACAUUGGUGAAAGAGAAGCAGCAUUAUGAAGACCAUCCAGACAGAUUUGACUGUCAUCCCCAAGUUCUCAGCAGAGAAGGCUUAUCUGGAUGUCGUUAUUACUGGGAGGUGGAGAGGCGUGGUACCGGGGCUUUCAUUGGUGUGGUGUACAAAGGAAUGAAUAGGAAGGGACGGGAGGAUGACAGUAAGAUUGGAGCCAAUAGGAAGUCCUGGUGUUUUUACUGCUCUGACAGUCGUUAUCUAUUUUUCCAUGCUGGAGUCAGAAGAUCCAUCUCUCUUCGUGAUUGGAGGAGAUACAUCUUUGCUUCUGUUUCUAACAGAGUUGGAGUAUAUCUGGACUGGCCAGCUGGUACUUUGUCCUUCUAUAGUGUGUCUUCUACUACGCAGACACACCUCUACACAGAACACACCACAUUCACUGAACCCCUUUAUCCUGUGUUUGGGGUUUACUCCAUCUCCUCUUCAGUGACUCUGUGUCAGAUAGAUGACCAUCACAUUCAGAGAGACCAUGGUGGAGAGUGUUGGAUCAAGCCUGGACCUGAGGACACCAGAGACCAUGGUGGAGAGAGUUGGAUCAAACCUGGACCUGAGAACACCAGAGACCAUGGUGGAGAGUGUUGGAUACAAGCCUGGACCUGAGGACACCAGAGACCA